AUGUCUCAGCCAGCCAAGUCUGCCUUAGGCCAAGGCUCUGAUGUCAAGGAUAAGGGAGCCCCUGCCCAUCCAGCCUCUAGCAAGGCCAGUAAGACCGGAAAUCCUGGAAUGGGCAACUACAGAAUGAUGCUGUUUGAGCAGGAGAACUUUCAGGGAAGGAUGACGGAAGUCUGUAACGAUUGCAUGAAUAUUUGUGAUCAUGGAAUGGACAGAGUCCGUAGUAUAAUUGUGGAGUGUGGCCCCUUUGUUGCCUUUGAGCAGACUAACUUUCGUGGGGAGAGGUUUAUCUUGGAAAAGGGAGAGUAUCCUCGCUGGGACACCUGGUCCAACAGCUAUCGCAGUGAUUGCCUCAUGUCUUUUAGGCCCAUCCGGAUGAACCCUAUGGAGCACAAGAUCUGCCUGUAUGAGCUGUCUGACUUCCAGGGAAACAAGAUGGAGAUCCAUGAAGAUGAUGUCCCUACCCUCUGGGCACAUGGUUUCUGUGACAGAGUGGGCAGUGUGAAAGUCCCAGGUGGAGCCUGGGUGGGAUACCAGUACCCAGGUUACAGAGGCUACCAGUAUCUGUUCGAGUGCGGCGACUACAGACAUUACAAUGAGUUUUGUGCCUUUCAGCCACAGAUUCAGUCCAUUCGCCGUGUGAGAGACAUGCAGUACCACCAGCAUGGCGGUUUUAUCAUGAAUGCUGCUAAAGAAUGAAUUAGUCCACAUAUAGACUUGUGGCAUAAAGAUCAGCCUUCCUAUAGUGCUUUUUAAGCCCUAUUCUGCCCUUUCUUUACACUGAUUGAUAUAAAUUGUA